UAUUUAACAGCUGAGAAGAUCUGCAUACUCUUAAGACCAGUGCCUGUAACAUUCCUCUGCACGUCAAGAUAACUGAUAUCUCAAAUCGAAACUAGAUCAGGACAAAGCUGUUUAUCUUUCCCUCUAAUGUCUGUCAGAAGAUACAGGGCUCCCUGGAUGCAGUGAAGCGUGCCAACUCCUCUGGUUGCGUUUGUUGACUGAACUGGUUCCAGGCUGCUGCCAAGGGGUUUUCAGUAAGGCUGUCUGGAAUUUCCAUCCUCUGGAAAUAUUCCAGGCUCUGGAGAAAAAGAUAUGUCCCACUUCUGAGCAAAAACUAAAGAAACUAUAACACCUCUUGCAGAAAAUAUGAGGAAAAAAAAAAAAAAAAAAAAAAAAAAAAAAACACAGUUGGAACAAAACAGAUUAUAUUCUACAGCUGGCUAGGAGUCCUUUGGUCUGUUAAAAGAAAAAAAUCUGGUGAAACUGCAGUUGUCUAGCAGCAAAUCAUUCUAGCAGACAAUUUCCCACUCCUUUCUGUGUUAGUUCUUGGGAUUGUUUUUUCCUCAACUUGAAAUCUAAAACAAAAAUUUUUGCAUAAGUGGACUAGGACUGAAAAAAUGAAACUCCUGAGCCAUGAGUUCUCAGCACAGGCAUUGAGUAGAUGCCACCUGAGUCAAUAGAGAGUGCAACAGAUGGGGGUUUAACAUUGUUCUAGGAAUUUAAUCAUUAAUUUAUUUUUUAAAGUCACCACCAUAAAUCUUCCCAGAACAGAUUGUUACUCUGCCUGCUAUAUGAUUCACUAAGCCAGCGCAGGGUGAGAUCAUUAUCAUUUCAGUUAGCAUUUCUGAGGCUGCCAAGUAUCCCCCAAGUGUUUCCUACAGCUGGGGACGCACACACCUUCCCUGGUGCUGGCAGCCUGGGUGGCGGCAAAGCUGCCUGCAAGGUUUGUGACCCCGCACAUGGCAUCAGCACCUGUGGAGACACAUGGACUGGAAAAACCCUUCCCGGAGGUGGGCUCCCACCCCAGCUUCCAGCUCCGGUUGCAGAUUGCUGGGGCACAGCAGUUGUUGAUGCCUUGGUAUAAACUGGGGCUUUUCUUCUCCUUUUGGAAAGUCCCACAUUGUAAAGCCCAAGGACAAAGCACACAGAGUGGGAGGCAGAUUACUAGCCUUAGCUUUUUUUUUUUUUUUUUUUUAAGCUCAAUUUCCUGGCUGUGUUGUUGAAAUAACAUUGGAGUGUGAUGUAGCAAUAGGGCAGAGGGGAGCAGCUGAGAGUCAGAGAUCCAGCAGCACACGUUUGUGUGGAAGAAAGAGAAAAGGCAUGAAGGGGAAUUGGUGAAUUACCUAGCAAAAAAAGUACUCAGCCUUUCCCUGUCCCCACAGCUGGGCAUGAGCAUCAUUUCCUUGAGAGUCCUCUGGCACAUGAAGAAUGCCAACAGUGUGAAAAAAAAUAAAUGCUGCAACCACAUGAUUGUGGCAUUUUCACUUCCUAAAGUGGGAGACAGAAAUUUCCCCGAGUCAUAUGAUCUGUGUUGAAAUGGCACCAGGAAGAGUAGCAGCAGCUGUCAGUGAGUGCAGGGCGUCUCCAUCUGUACAAAAGCCUCUCCUGCCUGAGCCGGAGGUCAGAGCAGCGUAGGGUUGUGCAUGCAUGUGCAUACAUAGAGAGGCGAGGUGCAAAUAUCCUCCAGUCGGAUUUUCUCUUGCACAACCCUGAUGCUGUGCAACCCAGCAGACCUUUUAUUUUCCCUUCACUUCUCCACUUCAAGCAUGACUCCAGAGCAGAACUUCUGAAAACACCAUUUCCUGCAUCACAUCACUGGGAAGACAGCUCUUCUCCUUCCCUGAGAAGAGGCAACCAUGGUGGGGAUGACGAUGAUGAGAACGUGGGUUGAGCCGGUGGUCAUGGGCUCCCAAGUGGCCAGUGCCUUCUACGACACGGCACUGCUGCUGGUGGUGAAGAACUACUACAACCAGACCAAUUCAACUGCUCCCUCCCACUUACUGCAAGAUGCUCAGCAGAAGGCUGUCUCUAAUUUUUAUAUCAUCUACAACCUUGUCCUGGGCCUAAGCCCACUGGUGUCAGCCUAUGGCUUGUCCAAGCUGGGGGAUAACAUUCAUCGGAAAAUCCCCAUCUGCUUACCUCUUCUCGGCUACCUGGGCUCCAAAUCUCUCCUGCUCCUCCUGAUGCUGCUGGACUGGCCCAUCGAGGUGAUGUACGGGGCUGCUGCUUUCAACGGGCUAACGGGUGGCUUCACCACAUUCUGGGCAGGCAUCAUGGCUCUGGGAUCCCUGGGCUCCUCCGAGAGCAGGAGAUCUCUGCGGCUCAUCAUUAUUGAGCUGGUGUAUGGCCUUGCUGGCUUUCUGGGAAGCAUGGCAUCUGGCUACCUCUUUGUCGGCUUCAGCAACCGCUAUCGGGAGGGCACUGUGCUGGUGAGUUGCAGCAUCGCUUGCUAUGCUUUCUGUCUCCUCUACAGCAUUUUUGUCCUGGUAGUCCCCAAGUCAGCACCGUCCUGCACAGCCAAAGCCAAGGGUGUAGAGGAGAUUGGUGGCCAGGUACCAGCUUGCACAGGAGCAGCAGAGAGUGCCCAGCCUUCGGAGAGCAGCAGCAAAACCCCAGUAACACCCUCAAAGCUCAUCAUCAUCAUCCUCUUUGUGGCAGCAAUCCUCUAUGACCUUGCCGUGGUGGGCGCCAUGAACGUACUUCCACUCUUCUUGCUCAGGGAGCCUCUAAGUUGGAAUGCUGUGCAGAUUGGCUAUGGCAAUGCUGCUGGGUAUGCCAUCUUCAUCACCAGCUUCCUGGGGGUAUUUGUGUUCUCCAGGUACCUUAGGGACAUUACCAUGAUCAUAAUUGGAGUAGUGUCCUUCACCACUGGUGUUCUCAUCAUGGCCUUCGUGCAGUGGACGUUUCUGUUCUACAUCGCACGGGCAGUGAUGCUCUUUGCCCUCAUCCCCUUGCCGACCAUCAGGUCCAUGCUAUCCAAGCAUGUUGAAGGAUCGUCCUAUGGUAAGGUGUUUGUCCUGCUGCAGCUGUCCUUAGUCAUCACAGGAGUAGUGACAUCUACAGUCUUCAACAAGAUCUAUCAAAGCACACUGAACUGGUACAGUGGCUUCUGUUUCAUUUUGUCUUUUCUAGCCGGCUGCCUCAGUCUCCUCCCUUUAAGCAUUGUGGCCAUCAAACAACAUUCAACCACUGGCUCCUUUCAGAUUCUGACCAAGUGACAGAAGCUUUACCACCGAAAGCAUCUUCUGGUCUCAAUCAGUUCCCUGAACAAUGUGAAUGGCGUUUCCAAGCACUUGUCCCUACUACUGGCUUUGUUACAGGAACCAUCUCAUCCAUGUCUUCACCUCACCGCAUGCCACAAUCUCUCAGUCACUGAGCUCACCCAGGACUAAGUUUGCCCUGUUAUUUUUGCAGUACAUUAUUUUGCAGAGAAUAUACACCACCUGUUGAACACCAGCAGUCUCCAGAGCACCCUGUUUCCACUCUAGGCUAUUUGGCAGUAGUAGAGACAGAAAAGAACAAGGUAGAAAUGACAAGGGUGCUUCCAGGCACAUAAUUCAAUUUAGAAGGGGAAAGCAAAGGAUAAGCUGUUGUUCUUUUCUCUUUGGUAUAAAACCCGAAGGCAGUUCUGUGACUGUGGCUUUUGAGGCAUGGGUCCACAAGCAGUGGUCAGCAGGAUACACCUACUUUCUGACACAAACUAUGGACAAGUGUGAAGUGUCAGCCCAGCUGACUGAUGUUAUGGAGAAGACCACUGAAAUACAGAAAUACCAUGGUAAAAAAUAAAAAUAAAAAAAAUGUAAGAUUAAGGUACAUUUUUGUAAACCCUACAAUAAAAACAAUCCUGAGUAGAUGUUCA